GAGCAGAAGGAAGGGAGGGGAGCUAUGGCGUUGCACCAUCGCUGGGCCUGCUCGUGGCCAUGGCUCGCCACGCCCGGUGGUGGUGGUGGUGACGACGCCGCCUCACCUGUGCGUCCGCGCCGACAACGCCCUCCGCGAAUUGAUCUUCGUAAGCUUCUGGACCGUGUGGCGGUUGUUCAUCCCGACUCUUCUUCUGCAGCACAGGAUAAUGCGAAGGUAUGGUUGCCAUCUCCUCCUCCUGUGGAGAAACCACGAGCAGUACAUAACGCAGCCUCCCUUGCAUAUCUAGGCGACUCAAUAUAUGAGGUUUAUGUGCGACGUCACUUUUUGACACCCCCUCAGAAAGUAGAUGUUUAUAACAAGCGAGUUAUGGAUUUGGUCUGCUGUGAAGCACAGGAUGCCAUGCUUCAGCAGUUACUCAAGGGAGAUUUUCUCACUGACGAAGAAAGGGACGUAGUAAGAUGGGGGAAGAACAUAGAAACUGGUCAAAGGCGAGCAAGUAGGCGGGCAGGUAGUAAAGCGUAUAGCAGUGCAUCGGCUUUAGAAACUCUAAUUGGUUACUUAUAUUUGACGGACCAUCCGCGAUUGGAGGAACUCAUGACAAAAGUCGGUUUUAACGUCGACAGCAACUUCUCACAUAUUGGUUUUGGAUUUCAGACAGCUGACAAGAGCAGCAGUUCUUAGUCGUUGUGCGUAUCAGAAAAUUUUAGUUGUUACGCGUACCGGCAGCAUUGCAAGGUUUUCCUGUUGGAAUGUUCCGACACAUGUAGUCUAUUUGUGUGAGAGAUGUAUCUAGAAUAAAUUCAUUAAAAGGUUGCAAAAAACCGUUACUCUUUGAUCA